AUGCUACCUGAAUUCUUGCAGAGUAGCUACGCGCGCUACAAAGCAGAUACCAAUUCGUUUGCAACUUGGUUACUGGAGACAGCCAAUAAAUGCGGCUAUCAACCACCUGGCCUCGCUGCUGCUCCUCCCCCUACCGUGAAAAAGGGUAAACAGCAGAAAGGCAAAAAACACGGCUCAGAUGCAGAUCCACUUCACUAUAGUGCGACUGCCAAAGAUCUGCAAAAGUUCGCUGAGGUGGUUGCUAGCUCGUCUCUCACGGUACCCAAAUCAAUUCUUACCAUCGCAAAACGCGCCAUCAAAUUGAGAAGGGCGGUCACUACAUGGUUCUUGGGCCAGGGCGACUCUGCAAACAACAAGCGGCAUUCUUAUUUCAUCAAUGUAUUAGAGAAAAUCUGUGAUGACUUGGAAUGGAAGACCGACCAGUCCUCAAACCCAGACGUCAAGAAACCACAGGCCUCUGAAGCUGAGAAUGACGAUGCCAAUGACGACAGAUUUCUUAACAGAUUUGCUGUUCUUACUGUGGAAGAACCCCAGGAGACUACGCAAACUAAACCGGCAUCUGUUGAACUCAAGAAGAUCGUUAAAGUGGAUGUGGAUGAAGAGGAUGCGAACAAUGACGAGGAAGAAGACUCAUAUCUUAGCCAGCUAUUCUUCAAGUCUCUCUGCUUGCUUCAAGACUUGAACAACAUUCGGACAUUCAUUUCCAUCACCUGGGCUGAAUAUCGAGACAAGAAAAUUGACCUCAUGAACGCCGCUGUCGUGACUGAUAGUGCUUUGAAGCUCGCCCGAGAUCUUGUGCAGGAGGUGGAAGCUGACUGGCAAGAAUCCCUCACCGGGAGAAUGGAUAAUGUCCAGAACAUUGUCUACAACCUCGCUGUUCUUACCCGUGGAAUCCCUGCGGCCCCGUCAACUGAGAUUGGCCUACCAUACAACAAGCAUAUGGCUGAUAUAGCCGAGUGGUGCUAUGUGCCGACUAAGAGCUUGCUUGACUCCUUCGCAGAUGUCCUCCAGGUCAAUCAUCUACCAGUCUUUAAAAAGGGUCACUUUGGCACCUACAACCCGAAAGCAAACCGAGAGAAGAUGUCUCUGGGUCAGAAAUUUAACGAAGACAAAAUCAUCCUUCUUUCUAUUCUACCAGAGUUUUACAUAGUCAAUACGUUCAAAAUCCAGAUGCCUACCGGGGAUGCGAUCACUCGAGGCCUUACUGAGUUUGCCAAGUCCAAAGAAGUUGAUUUGUGGCUUUGCUUCGCUACCCAGAUCUUCCUCGAUAUUCAUCACGUCAUGCGUCACAGCAGCUUAGGUGCAUUUGAAGACCUCCGAAUGUCUGGACUUCGCAUCAAGAAGACUAUCGAUGAGUAUUCUCAGCUAUCCAAAACACAUCCUCAGCCCAAGUUUUGGCCGAAGAUGUGUGAUGAGAAAAUCCAAGAUAUAGGAUCGACCAUAAAGUCAUGGAUUAUACAAGAUAUCUUCCAAGACACUCGAAUUCGUUGUGAACUCGACAAAGUUGGCACAGCGCCCGAAAAACACGCACUCUUCUCGCAGCAUGCUAUCCUCUGCGGCUUGAUCCUAUUCAGUCUCAAUAUGAGAAUGCAGUUUGUCGGUCAGAAGCUCGUUACCCAAUGGUACGACGUCCAGCAACUGGCCUUUUUGCACAACCUCGUCUUAAAAACCUCUCCAAUGCACAAAGACCUGAGAUGGCCUGAUAUGGAUGCUUUUAUCAAGAUCCAUAGCGAGUCUCAUAUUUUUGUUGGCUCGCGGCCAAAGAACGCUGCAGAAUCGUUGAACCGGCUUCAGUUGGCCACAGGUAUUUCAUCCCCUACCAAGUUUGCUCGAGACUCCCGGAGCAGCAGAUGGCACAAACCUGAUGGUAAAACCACCCGCGUGCUUAAGCCCACUACUGCAGUUGCGACCUUGUUUUUUGAGGAGUACGUCGGUGGCACCGGGGAAAAUAUCGGGAUUAAAGACAUUCACGCAAUCCUAGACGAGCUUUCAAAAAACGUCAAAUCGUCCAGCAAGGAGCUUGAAAAAUCCAAUCCGGAACUCAUUAUCACCCGCAAGUGGUCUCAAACCCACAACCUGGACACGCUGCAGCUUCUCGCCUUCAUGAAGACCAAGCUAUUCGAAGAAGAGCCUGUGAUCACGUACAAUUACUUUGGCAUGCACAAACGCUCCAUCGAGUUACUCAGACUUAUCCGCGACAAAGAGCACCAGAAAUUUGUUCAAUACUUCACGUCAGCGUACAUGCCAGAUGAGUCCUUCAUAUCAAACAUCGUCUUCCUCAUCCAUCAUGUUGCAGAAGGCUCCGCCCAAAAUGCACGUGCAAUGGGACUUGCAUCUCGCGGGGCGGGGAUAGCGAGCCGCAUUGUCGCGAGCGCCGGCGACGUGAUGCGGAAAUACUUGGAGAAGAAUGGAGACGUCGCAUGCAAGGAGCUGAGGGUGUUCUGCAAGAACAAAAGGCCAAUUCAAGGUGAUGUCAAUCAUGAUACCGGCAAAUCGGAUGAGCUGGUGUAUUCUUGGCUCAGUGUUGAAGACGUUCUGGGCCCCAAGGGCGUGGCCUCACUCCAGAGUGGGAUCCCGAUUGCCUAA